CCAGAGUAAUGAUAUUCAAAGUGAAAAUCCUUGGCUAUAUAUAGAACUUGACCCAAAACAAUAUGAAGAGUUAUUUUAUUUAUUAUCAGAUAUGAGUAAUGAAAUUAAUGAGGAACUUACUAAUUAUCUUUCGACUAUUUUAGGUGAGCUUUGCAUUGAGAAAAAUCAAGAAACGAAUAUAAUCGAUGAAUUGGUUCAUCAGCAAAGUCAAAUAGGACAUAUGAAAAAAUGUCUAGUUUGCCAGAUCUCUAAUAUUGAUAAUAAGAAACAAGUUUGUCCUAAAUGCAAAAAUAAAUUAUCAACACUUGCUAAAAUAGUCGACGAACAAUCUAAGAUCGUAAAUGCUACUAAAAAAUCAUCCAUUUCUCCUUACAUAUUUAAACAACGAUCAAUUCUGGAAAGAUACUCUGAAAGUAAAGCCAAUGAGCCUUGUACACAUCCCAGUUUUAUUGCUGAAUCACGUCAAUUCCAGGUUCAGAUAAGAAAAGCUCAAUUUGUAAAUCCAAAUGCUGAUAAUCGUAUUUUUCAAAAUCUAGGUAGAGAAUUGACAUUAAGCAAACAAAUGAUAAGAUUUAGUGAAAUCGCGAGUAUGAAAAGAAAUGAAUUUAUUAAAGCAACAUUAAUUAAAAAAACACUUUUAGGCAUUUGGUAUCCAAUUCUCAUAACAUGUGAUGAGGCAGAACUUCAAAAAAGCAAAGGCUCUUUAAAAAAAUCAGAAAUUUUAUCUAUUAUUAUCUCUUUAAUUCCUUCUUUAGGUGAUUUAGAUCGAUCGCGCUUUCAUGGUUUAUUAAAUAAGUCCUGUAAAGAAUUAGUAAAUAUUCUUCAAGAAGUCAAAAAUAUAUUAGCUGAAAAUAAUAUUAGUGUUAGUGAAGAAUAA